UGUUUAUUGCCUUAAAUAACAUAAAUUGAACUUGAAAAGUAAGCAACAAUAACGUAUAAUUCAUUCGAAAUCGUAAAGUGUUACGUAUUUUUGCUAAGCGCAUGCGCAAUGCCGCUCUCUUUUGGUUAAUUCGUCUGUUGUCAGAUUAGUUUGAUAGUUGUUUGGCUGUAAGAAGAUUUGAAAAAUGUCGAAUUACCAUUUCUUUUUGAAUUUUCCAGGGUGAAAUCUAUACCAAAAAAGCUGUGUAUUCUCAGACUGAAUUGGCUCCUGUGUGGGGAUGAUGUUCUGUCAUUCCAUUUAGUGAAUGUGGGCCUUCAUUGUACCGUUGUUGUCCUCCUUAUGUAUUUCUGUAAGGAGGUGAUGGCCUGGAAAAGAGAUGCAUCUAUCAUUUCCGCACUCAUCUUCGCUUCUCACCCCGUCCACACAGAAGCAGUUUCAAGUGUGGUAGGACGAGCAGAUGUGUUAUGUUGUGUUUUGUAUUUAUCUUCACUCAUUGCAUGCUCCAAAAACACCCUGCUGUGGCAAAGCGUGAGCUUAUUGUGCGCCGGUUUGGCAUUAAUCGCCAAAGAACAAGGAAUAACCGUCCUCGGAGUUUGCCUCGUCUAUCAGCUACUAAUGCUGAUUGAAAGGAACUUCAUCAGCGAUAAUUCAAGUGAUGAAGUAGAAGAAGAGGAAGACGAGGAAAGAAAAUCGCUGCCGUUAGAUAAUACUAGUGUCUUCUGUAUCGUCGGCAGAAUAUUUAUUUUAAUUUUCGGGAUGAUCUCUCUAGUGUACUUCAGACUUAGCAUAAAUGGAACCUUACCUAUAUUUAGUGAAGAGGACAACCCUGCUGCUUUUGCACAAUCUUGGAUAACAAGGAUCCUUACAUAUUUCUAUCUGCCUGCUUUCAAUUUGUGGUUAUUACUUUGUCCGACAACACUAUCCUAUGAUUGGCAGAUGGGGAGCAUCCCCCUUGUGGAGGAAGUUUGGGAAAAACGUAACGCAGCUUCUCUUGCUUACCUCCUCACGAUGGCUGUUCUUCUUGUGAGAGCACUGGCAACCCCCGGCCUCCAGGGAAUGGAAAGAAGACGCAUUCUGUUAUCUCUGUCUCUGAUGGUGUUUUCUUUUCUACCUGCUUCAAAUCUUCUGGUCACGGUUGGAUUUGUUGUGGCCGAAAGGGUCCUCUACAUUCCCAGUCUUGGCUUCUGUAUUCUGGUGAGUCAUGGCUUACAGCGGUUAAUGCAACGGGGAGCCAUUAUUGCCUGGCUCUGCCGCGUUGGUGCACUUUUCCUAAUCAUGUUGUUUGUUGUGAAAACAAUGGCUAGAAAUAAUGUUUGGUUGUCGAGAGAAGCUUUGGUCAAAUCAGGACUAGAAUCAGUCCCCCACAACGCCAAAGUUCAUUUCAACUACGCCAACUACAAGAAGGACGUUGGCGACAGAUUUCUGGCUAUCGAACAUUACAGAAUAGCUCUCAGGUUGUGGCCAACGUAUUCAACAACUCACAACAAUCUUGGAGCAUUGUUGGAGGACUUCGAAGAUAAGGAAAAACAUUUUCGCCAAGCAAUAGCCUUCAAUCCAUUCUACGCUAAAGCACACUACAAUCUAGCAUCCCUCUACAUACGUCGUAAGAGGGUGGAAGUUGCAGAAAAGUACCUCCUGAAGUCGAUACAACUGGACCCUGAAUUUGUGCCAGCCAUCUCUGCCCUGGCCAGCGUCUAUGCGGACGCCGGUGAGGACAGAACAGAGGAUGCAGAGAGAUUGUAUGUUUGGGCCAUCUCCUUAGAUCCUGAUGACGCUGAUGUCCUCAACAAUUACGGAACUUUCCUGGAGACACAAGGUCGUCGAAGUGAAGCCAUGACACAGUAUGAAAGAGCCAUGACAGCCAAGCCGAACCACACAGUGGCCAUAGUUAAUGCGGCUAAAUCUCUAAGAAGUUUAGAACAUAGCAGAAGAGCCGAAGAGCUUUAUAAAAGGGCCUUGGCAAUACAGAAAGAUCCUCAAGUGAUGGAUAAUCUGGGUAUGCUGUACUUAGCGACUGGAAGGUAUCGCGAGGCUAAAUUUCUUUACCAGUACGUUAUACAACAUUAUCCAGAGCACAACGACAGUAAACUGCAUUUUGCUCAACUUUUAAUUCAAGAGAGAAGUUUCGAUCUCGCAGAAACUCUUUUGCUUUCAAUCGGACAAUCGAGAGAGAGCUUCCUGCAUCUGGCAUCACUCUACAAUCGAACAAACAGAACAGCAGAAGCUCUGGAUACUAUUUUAAGGGCCCUGAAUUUGUGCUCACUGUCAGAACCCGCUUGUGCGAGAUACCAUGAAGAACACGGUGACAUAUUGAAAGAUAUGGAUGAUUUUGAUGCUGCAGAAGAGAGUUACAAGAUGGCGCUGAACUUGGAUCCCAAACUUGCCAAGACGCAUCAAAAUUUAGCUGUCAUCUACCACAUGAAAGGAAACUAUUCAUCUGCUCAGUACCAUUACCAAGAAGCUUACAAACUAGACUCCUCCCCCGAAAUCCUAUUGGACAAUAUGAGGAAACUACAGAGACGUAUAUUUAAUGUGCAAGAAAACACGUGUUGGAGGACAGACACGACAUGUAUAAUAGAGUAAAAUUUUCUCAAGAAAGUGUGAAAAAAAGAAUGUGCAUCCUAUACGUGACAGAUGUUUCGCCAGAAUUGGCAGAAUUGUUCACUGUCCCACAAAGUGAAGGGUCUUAACAGACGCAUUUCCAUUCUGUUUCACGCCAAAGAUUGGCGAAGCUGAAAAAUAUGUUCUUCGCGCAUAUAUACCUUUUUUUAUUGUUAUUUUGUUGAAGGCAUCUGCAAAUUGAGUGGAGUUUUGAGAAUUACAACUACGAGUGAAUCAAAUUUGUGAUUUGUUAUGCUGAGAAUAAGGUCAACUGCAAAUGAAUGAAUAAUUUAAAUGUUUAAUUUUGAUUUGAUGAUAAUAGCUAACUUCAUAUGUAACAUCAAUUAUUCUUAUUUUUUUAUGAAGAUCUAUUCAUCUGCAAGUAUAUUAACAAUCACCUUAAGUUCAAGUUUAAUAUGAAUCUUAGUUUCUAAGCAAGCGUUACGCAUCACAAAAUAUUACUUUUGAAAGAAAAUUGCUUUUUUGUAAAUAUUAAGAAGAAACGUCAAUUAAAUUCUAAGUCAUAUAAAAACUCUACAAAAAAAUAAAGUAUCUAAAAGUUUAACUUUUUAUUUUAAUACGAUAAAAUAUCAAAUAUGCGAAUAUUAAAUU